GUGUGAUGGCAGUCUGUGCCGAGGAAGGGGCGGAGGGAGAUCAGACCGAAGGGCCUCCGCUAAACAUGACGGAGCUGCCGCCCGUCACCCAGACCAGGUUCACCGCCGUGAGAGACCCAACGCUGGUGCUGGAGGAGGAGGAGCCCUAUUUCGACAUGUCUAUGUCCCCGACGCAGACGGCGUACCUGGGGAAGACGGCGACACUUACCUGCGUUGUGCACGCGGCCAGGAACGACAAGUCGGUGUCGUGGAUUCGCGGGCGCGACCUGCGGAUCCUGACAGUGGGCGGCUACACAUACACGACGGACCUACGCUUCGAGGCGUUCCACCAGCCGCACAGCACGGAGUGGACGCUCAGGAUCAAGUCGGUGCAGCUGCGCGACCAGGGUGGCUACGAGUGCCAGAUCGCCACCAAGCCUAUCAGGACGUACAUUAUUUUCCUCAGGGUGGAAGAGCCAUCGGUAGAAGUGGUCGGCGCCCCAGACAUCUUCGUCAACAGGGCCAGCAUGAUCAACCUCACGUGUGUGGUGUACCACGCGCCGUACCCACCAGAGGACAUUAUCUGGUACCACGGCAACCAGGUACGGUCGGAGAGGGAAAUGAAAGUAGAUAAGGUGAAUGGUAUCAACAGGCUGCUGGAUAAUACAGGCGAAAUGACUGGUUCUCGCUCAGGCUCCCUUUAUAAAAUGUCACUAAGUAAGCGGCAAUCAUAG